AUGGUGCGGGAGUCAGAGCCCCUACCAGCUGAUAUGAUAUUACUAUCAUCAUCCCAUGGUGCCGAUCCUAAGAAGGGUUGUGUAGCGUACAUGGAGACCAGUAAUCUUGACGGGGAAACUAACCUCAAGACUAGGCAAGCGCCCAAGCUGGUAUCGGAUAUCACAUCUGGCAAGAAGACCAAGAGAUCUGAUCAUCUCAUUCAACUAGGGACACCCAACAACGUGGUGAACGAAGGUCUCAGGCAAGGAAUUGUGGAGAUUGCUUCUCCAGACAAGCAUACUGAUGAUGAUGAGGGUGGCGAUCUGUCGAUCGAGCGCCAAUCCACUAGAUUCAUAGCGAGGAUGGAGCCUCUAGCGGCUUUGGUUGAUACCAUGACAAUGCAAUUCGAAGCUCCUACGGCUGAUUUGUUGAAGUUUAGAGGCUCGAUAAGUCCAUUGAGUAACACUGAGGAUGAGGGUACAAUCCAACCUUUGAGCAUGGAUAACAUGCUACUCAGAGGCUGCAAGUUGAAGAAUACACCCUGGGCUAUAGGAGUAGUGGUCUAUGCUGGACAUGAAUCGAGAUUCAUGAUCAGCAAUCAUGGUGGUUUUGCUCCUGCUAAACGCAGCACAGUGGAUAGAGCAAUGAACAAAUACGUCCUAGCCUUGUUCAUACUACAGGCUAUACUGUGUCUUACAGCUGCUAUCGUAGUUGGCACCCAUCCCUCCCCAACCUCAUCAAAUUCUCCAUGGUAUCUAUCAGGGUUAUCAAGUCAGGCGGCUAUCAUCAACUACUUCAGCUACUUCGUCUUACUGAAUAGCCUUAUUCCAGUGUCAUUGUGGGUAUCAGGAGAAGUCCUUCGCGUUGCACAAGCCUUUUUAAUGGAAUGGGAUAAUAAUUUAUAUGACUCCGAAAGGGACUUAAGUCUCCGGUGUAACUCCAAAUCCAUACAUGAGGAACUUGGUAUGAUUACCCAUGUAUUCAGUGAUAAGACUGGUACUCUUACCUGCAACAAGAUGGAGUUUAAAGGAGCAGCUGUUGGGGGCAAGCUCUAUGCUACUACAGAUGUCUCACCAUCUACAACCCUACCGGAUGAAGAUUCCCAUGAUAAGGUCAAAAGGGAACCGUCAUACAGCUGCUGGCCACCUCCUCCCAAGUUCUCUGGUGUAUUACCGUGUUCUGACGAGCUGGUGAGCAUGAUGAGAAAGGCUUUGGCCAAGGAAGGGAGGGGAUCUUCCAACACUUUGCAUGAGUUCCUCUUUGCCCUAGCUAUCAACCAUACGUGCGAGAGGGCACAGCCUCCUGCCAUGCCAGAUCCGGAAUAUCAUACUGAUCCCGAUGAAGGUAAAAGUGGGGGAUGCCUUAGUGAGGCAUUCAAGAAGGCGAAAGGACGGAUCAAAGGCAGAGCCAAGUUGGAUAUCUACGCUGUUCGAGAGGAUGGAGAUGUUGUGGCCUCUGAUGAUGAUGUUGUUGUUGAUGAUGAUAGACGAAAGAGUGAAGGGGGCAUUGAGGCUGUCUACCAAGGGACAUCACCCGAUGAGAGUGCUUUGGUAUCAGCGGCGGGUUACUUUGGCUUGAGGUUUACGGAUAGAACACCAGACAGUAUCGAUAUAACUCUACUGCCUGAAGGAGAUACAAGACUAUGGAUCUAUUACAUGUGGUGGAAUNNNNGGUUGGUUUAUUAUCAUCUUGCAUAUGGUGCCGAUGUAGGUACACUAUGUGUAGCCAUGCGUAGGAUGAAGUGGAGUGAGUGGUGUGGUAUAGCUCAUGAGAUAUCUGCAGUACAAGAUGAUAUAUACAAUAAGGACAGUCGUAUGGCUGUUAUCGAAUCUACUUUGGUAGAGGUUAAUCUCACAUUACUAGGAUGCACUGCAGUAGAGGAUAAGUUACAAGAAGGAGUUCCACAGACCAUCGAGGCUUUAAGGGCAGCUGGUAUUACUGUAGCCAUGAUAACUGGUGAUAAACGGGAGACUGCUAUCAACAUAGCAUCUAGUUGUCGACUUAUUACCAAUACUGAUAACGUGUAUACUAUGCUAGGCCAGCAGUCACUGUUCGGUGGUGGUAACUUCAUAUCAUUGAAGACCCUUCGUGAUAUAAUGGGUAAUGAUACUCUAGCUGGGGAUGAGUGGUCGUCGCCUCCUCCUCCUCCCAAUGGUGACUCACGACGUCGUCAUAAAGCUACGAACAAUCCGAGUGGGAUAUGGGCGCUUACUGAGGAGGGUAGGGAUAUAAAGGAACAGAUAGAUUUGGCUAAAGAUGAGCAACAUCAUCGUGGUGAGGGGUCAGUGAAGAUCCUACGACAAUUAUCCCUGAGUACACGAUCGUGUGAUGAUCUUAUUUCGUCUCGUCUACCGCAGGGACUUGGUGGUAACGGCGGUGUUGGGGUGACAGGUGGAGGAGAUAAUGAUACCUUCUCCUUGGUCAUAGAUGGUGCUAAUUUAGCUAACCUACUAGAUCAACCUAAGAGUCGCGAGAAACUCCUCAAGGUGCUUCAACAUCCUCAAUGUGAAUCGGCUGUAUUCUGCCGUGUUAACCCCAAACAGAAGGGCCAGAUAGUAUCCUUAGUGAAAGACAACAUACGUGGUAGAGCCAGCAUAUUGGCGAUUGGGGAUGGUGCUAAUGAUAUCAAUAUGAUACAGCGAGCUCAUGUUGGUGUGGGCAUCUUUGGUCAAGAAGGUUAUCAAGCUGCUGGUAUGGCCGAUUAUGCUAUAAGUUCCUUCAAGGAUCUCUAUCGGCUAUUGUUCUAUCAUGGUAGAUGGAACUACGAGCGGAAUACACAUUUCAUCAACCUAUUCGUAUACAAGAACUAUCUCUUUACUCUGUGCCAGUUUUGGUUUGGGAUAGCAUCGCAGUUUUCUGGCCAAACGGUAUAUUCAUCGUUUUAUGUUCUGGUAUAUAACUCGGCUCUGUGCAGUCUUUGGCGUGCUUUUAUGGUGUCUGGGUCUAUUGGGGCUACCUUGAAAGCUCAGUGA